AUGUUACCAGAUGAAAAAGAAGCCUAAUAAAAUAAGUAUAGAGAACAAGUUAUACAUGCCGAAACUUUGAAUAUGAUGGCUAAAUACUAGUUAAUAUUUUUAAAGAUGGAAAUCUCUAUGAGAAAGGUAGCACUAAUACUAAAAUUAAAGUAAUACUAACUGUUUAUAGUAGAGGGAGCUAAUAAAAAUUUUAUGCCUUUAGAAAACUUAAGUAAACUAGCAGUUAUAGUGUUAAUCACUUUAAAGUGUUAUUUACUUAGAUAGCAUUGAAGUAUUAAUAAGUUGGAUUAAUUAUUCAAAAAAGAUAAAAAAGGAAUUUGCAUCAUGCCUUCUUAAAAAUUCGCCUAUUAUUUCCAAAAUACAAGAAUGAUAAAAUUAGAAGAUCAUUCUUAUAAGUCAUUGCCUCUAAGGAUGCUGAAAUUAAAAAUCUCUAAAUCAAAGAACAAGAAAUUACAGAAAAUAUUGCCAAUUAGAAAUUAAAAGAAUAGGAACUUUUAUCUAAAAUAAAACAAAAGGAAUUGAUAUUGACUUAGCUUGAAAAUGAAUUAAGAAAGAAUUCUUCAAAUAAAACUCUAGAUUCUAAAGUAUUUAUUGAUUUUAUUAAGUUACGAAAUUUAGAAGUCGAAAAUCAAGAGAUGCAAGAUCGUAUCAUGGGCACUGAAGACUCUGUUAGUCUCUUUAUAAGAGAGAUGAAUGAUAUGUUAGAUAGUCACGAAAUUAGCACAAAUUUAGGUAGAGAUAUGUGAUAAUCCAAUAGGAAUAGAUUCAGAUGAAAAUUAGUCUUACGAAUAACCACCCUAAGUCAUCGAAUAUCAAAGCUAACGUUUGAAUUAAAAUUCAAGACAGCAAAAGUCUAAGAACUUUUACUCAAAUUAAUUGACAAGGAGUACUAAAAUUAAUUGA